GAUUUUCUGCCCGCAUUGCCCAAGGCACUUUCCCAUUGUUCAGGAAAUACUGAUCAUCCCUCUGCUGUUCUCUCCAUAGACCUGCUCCCUGUAGACCUCCUGUCCCAUGCUCUCCCCAGGGUGGGGACGGUGGCGGGGGGAGUAACAGGAGCGGGGGUGCAUCUCGUCCGUUCUGGGGGUGUGAGGGGUAUCCGCCUGUCCCGUCCUCACCAGUCCUUGGGCUUCCCCUUCUCCCAGCUUUUUGCCAACUGUCAACUCUUCCCAAGGGAGUUUUCCAUUGUUACCACCCUGAAGGUCACCAGCAUCGCCCCGAAGAAAAGUGAGUACAUAUUUUCUCUGGUGGACGAAACAGAGGAAGACGCUGAAAAAAGGGGACAUAGAGGGGGAGAAACACAAGAAGGAAACAUUGUGGAUAGUGACAAAGAGAAGAAUGGACAACGAGUAGGAGAGAGGGAUGGUGAGAGUGAUGUAGAAGGAGAUGGAAGAACAGAUGGAGAGAGCAGCCGGGGGCAUGGACGACUGCUGAUUGGCCUGCGGUUCUCCAGAGAACGCCUUCACUUCCUUCUUCGAGGUCGCAGUGGGCACGUCAUGAAGCAAUGGGUGUUUCAAGGCAUCCGACUGGCUGAUGAUCGCUGGCACACGUUUGUGUUAGCAUUCAGUGGUCACUAUGCUACUCUCACUGUUGACUGCCACACAGCGCUGAAAGUAGGUCCAUCCAGGACCUUGUCGUCUGACCUCAGUGUUCAGGGAUCCAGGUUCCACAUUGGCAGUCGGGGAAGGUGGAAAGGCUUGUUCUCUGGUCUGAUCCGACAGCUGGUUCUGGUGCCAGGCACCGACGCCACUCCUCGUGUCUGCCCGUCCUCCAACCGCGGGCCGGCAGAGCUGUCCGUGCCUGCGUUGCUGCUGGACCAGCCGGCCAAAGAGACUGACGUCCCCCUGCCUUCGCAUGACUCGCCGCCCGCCCUGGAGGCAGAUGUCCGGGUGUCUUUGGGGAAGGAGCGGUCCUGUUCCGAUUCAUUUAAAGGACAGCUGUGGUUCAACCCUGUCAGGAGAGGUCUCUACCUCUGCGAUGGUACAGUCUGGGUCCCUGUGCUGCAAGAAUCCCAGCGACUAGACUAUGUUCUGGAGCAUCAGGUCCUCUCCACCAGUUCAGAAACCUACGAUGUGGAGGUGUUCAGUAUACCAGGGCUGGGUCUGAUGGCAGCUAUGGCUCAUCGUUCUCCCUCACUGGGAUCUGCAGUCUAUCUCUGGAGAGACGGGGCCUUUCACCUUUACCAGAACAUCAGCACACACGGAGCUCUUUCCUGGACACAUUUUACUAUGGGGAAGCAUAUCUUCCUGGUGGUCUCUAACUACAGGGAGAGCACGGGAAAUGAGGAGAAAGUGGAGAAGGAUGAACUGUCAGUGAUCUUCAGGUGGAAUAAAAAGGCACAGAAGUUUGUUCGUUACCAGACCUUGAAGACACACUGCGCAAGGGACUGGGAGGCCUUCAGCAUCCAAGGACACACCUAUCUGGCUGUUGCCAACCACAGACAAGGUAACGUCAACCACACCAUAGACAGUGUGAUCUACAAGUGGAACAGUGGAACAGAGUUGUUUGAACCUCACCAGGCACUGCAGACCUCUGGGGCAUAUGACUGGGAGUCCUUCACAGUUGGACCAUACCACUUCCUGGUUGUGGCCAAUGCGUUUGAUGGACUGACCACUGAAGUUGAUUCUGUCAUCUACAUCUGGGUAGAUGGAAGCUUCCGUGUGUUUCAGACUAUUAAGACAUUCUGUGCCACAGACUGGGAGAUGUUCCAGAUUGGCAGCAGAGUCUUCCUGGUGGUUGCUAACGGACGCCAACUCCAUGGCAACGGGAGUGGUCGCUAUGCCAUCAACUCGACCAUCUACGAGCUGGACAUGAGCUCUCAGCUGUUCCUGCGCUUUCAGGAAAUAUUCACAUACAGUGCUUUAGACUGGGAGUUCUUCACAGUGGGUGAGGACAGUUACCUGGUCGUGGCUAACUCCUUUGACGGAGAGUCUUACUCUCUGAACAGCAUCAUCUACAGGUGGCAGGGAUAUGAGGGCUUUGUUCCUAUUCAUCGUCUUCCCACCAUCGGAUGCAGUGACUGGGAAUUCUUCAAAUCCGGAGAGGAGUCCUAUCUUAUAUACUCCAGUGCUACUGCACGUCUCUCCAAAGUGUUCCGUCUGAAAACACACUGAGGAAACGUGAAACAAUGGCCUCAUUCAAGAGAAUGAAAAUUACUGCAGGUGACUUCCAAUGGACUGAUCUUCAAGUCAACUUGCAUUAUAAAUAACAACUGAUUAUUAUUAUUUGUACAUCUGCCAAUCAGCCAUAAUUGUCCCAUGAUACAUUGCGUGUUUGAUUCUCAUUAGAAAAAAAAAAUAUUUGAGAAUAAUGGACAACAGUA